AUGCCGUUGAAGCGUACACCCCCUCCCUCGCCACUCACCACACCAAUAGCGCCCACGUUCAGUAGUGCAGAGUACAGUGCUAACACUCUAACAACAAAAGAAAUCAGUUCUAUGCAUCACAGCGAUUCUGCGCCUGAUUUAACUACUCUUAGGACGACUGUCAGUGAGAGGAAAAAACGAAAGCACCCUGGAGGAGAUGACAGCAUCACGUCCUUGAUAAAAGAUAUGUUUACCAAUUUCUCUAAGGAACAGGAAACGCGUUUUUAUAAUUUACAAAGUACAAUUGUAGACCUCAAAGAGCAAAAUUAUGAGUUAAAACGAAGUGUGGAGCAUAUGUCUAACAAAUAUGACGAUUUACUUACAAUAAUAGCUAAUUUGGAAAAAGAAAAAAAAGAGGACAAACGGCACAUGGCUUUAAUGGAGGAUAGAUUGGAAACUAUGGAGCGUAAAAUGCGUGCAUCGGGGAUUGAAGUACGAAAUAUUCCUAAAUCAACGGGUGAAACAAAAGAUUUUUUGUUUAACAUUAUUAAAAAGACCGGAAAGGCCGUUAAUAUUAGUAUAGAAGACUCCGAAUUGAAAGAUAUAUAUAGAUUGAACUCCAAGGACAGUUCUAAUAAUAGUAGUAAAAAGUUUUAA